AUGUCUUUUGAUAUCUACGGUGGUAUCAAAGCGAUGGAGGUGCUUAAAGUCCUCGGUGGAAGUACAGAUCAGGCUGAAGCGGUCGCUGAGGCUAUCAUCCGCCAUCAGGACAUGGGCGUAGAUGGCACCAUUUCCUUCCUUGGCCAGUUGAUCCAGCUCGCUACGCUGUAUGAUAAUGUUGGGUCGUACGAAGGCAUUGAAGACUUUGGAAAGUGGAUUGAUGACACCACUCGUGAUAACAUCAACAAAGAAUUCCCACGCUAUGGUUGGUGUUCCUGGUUUGCCUGCACAGUCCGUAAGGAAGUAGCCAACAAGCCUUGGUGUCAUACCACGCAUAUCCCCGAGUUCGAUAAGAAGAUGGAGGCGAACACUUUGAUGAAAUCGUGGGAGUAG